UUUUGACUACUUUCGCAGAACAGAUAUUGAAAUAAUAGAAAAAUUGGUAUUGUCAAAUAAAAUAGAAAGAAACAAAUUAAUAUAUCUCCAAGGCAAUAUCUGUUGUGUGUGCCCAAAUAUGGUUUUCUAUUUCAAGAGCAACGUUGUACAGCCUCCAGCACUGCUGUACAUGGGCCGCGAUAAACACGAAAAUGAGGAGCUCAUCCGCUGGGGCUGGCCAGAAGAUGUUUGGUUCCAUGUGCACAAUUUGUCAUCGGCGCACGUUUAUUUGCGUUUAAAUAAGGGACAGACCAUCGAUGAUAUACCCAGCGAUGUCUUGGUAGAUGCAGCACAGCUGUGCAAAGCAAACAGCAUUCAGGGCAACAAGGUAAACAAUUUAGAGGUCGUCUACACCAUGUGGGAGAAUCUUAAAAAGACGCCCGACAUGGAGCCCGGUCAGGUGGCCUAUCACGAUGAAAAGGCGGUGCGUAAGAUACGACUGGAAAAGCGCAUCAACGAGAUCAUUAACCGACUGAAUAGGACCAAAACCGAGGUAGAGAAUCCCGAUUUCCGUGGGCAGCGCGAGGCGCGAGAUGCUGCCGAGCGUCAGGAUCAGAAACGCUUGCAGCGCGAGAAGCGUGAGAAGGAGAAGGAAGCGGCCAAGCAACGUGAGCUGGAGGCUGAACUGCGCAGCUAUGCCUCGCUCCAGAAGGCAGAGAACAUGCGCACCAACUAUGAUGCCGGCAACGAAUCUGAUGACUUUAUGUAGUAGUUACUUUGCUACUUUAGAUACUUAACACAAAAUUGUAUAAUAUAUAUA